AUGCCUGAUGGUGUAGAGAAACCUAUCGCUUAUGCGUCAAGAAUACUCAGCAAAGCAGAGCAGAACUACGCCCAGAUUGAGCGAGAGGCACUGGGGAUAGUCUUUGGCGUACGUAAGUUUCACCAGUAUCUCUAUGGUAACAUGUUCACUCUACUCACAGACCAUCGCCCGCUGACCUCCAUUCUCAGUCCAGUGAGGAGUACGCUGUCGAUGGCCGCAGCCCGCAUGCAGAGCUGGGCGCUCCUCUUGUCAGCGCAUGAUUACACUAUAGAGUAUCGUAAGGCUUCAGCACAUACUAAUGCAGAUGGACUGUCAAGGUUGCCACUUCCGGACACUCACGAUGACAAGAUAGACACAGUAGAUGUGUUUUACAUGUCACAGUUAGACACACUACCAAUCAGUACCACUGAUAUCCGAAACAACACUAGAUCUGACCUUACACUGUCUCACGUACUAGAGAUGGUCACUACUGGACAUUUUCCAAACACGAAAAACAUAGAUACUGAACUGUCUCUUUUCCUGACUCGUCAAAAUGACCUCACAAUCCAACAGGGAUGCCUCAUGUGGGGCACACGAGUGGUAGUGCCACCCAAGCUACGGCCCCGGGAGCUCAACGAGCUACAUACAGCACACCCAGGGGUAGUCAGGAUGAAAAGCUUGGCACGGUCGUAUGUCUGGUGGCCAGGUAUUGACUCUCAGAUCGAGCUCCAGGCCAAAUCCUGCCACUCAUGCCAGCGUAUUCAGAGAGAACCGAGUCUUGCCCCUCUACAUCCAUGGAUGUGGCCUUCCAGUCCUUGGGAAAGGAUUCACGUGGACUUUGCUGGUCCAUUUGAAGGACACAUGUAUCUUGUGGUAGUAGAUGCUCAUUCCAAAUGGCCCGAGAUGCAAAUCAUGGAUAGCACCACAGCAAGCAAGACCAUCACAGUACUGAGGGGCCUUUUCAGUCGCCACGGCCUUCCUCACAUUCUCGUAAGCGACAAUGGACCCCAGUUCUGUUCUGAGGAAUUCGCCACAUUCCUGAAAGCCAAUGGAGUCAAGCACAUUCGCUCAGCGCCGUAUCACCCUGCUACGAACGACCUGGCCGAGCGCUUUGUACAGACUUUCAAACAUGCCCUCAAAUCCUCCAGGUGCGCUGCACCAGUGCAACAGCGGCUCGACACAUUCCUGUUGACGUAUCGCAACACCCCGCACGCCACGACAAAGGAACCGCCGGCUAUGCUGUUCACAAGGCACAUGCUGCGCACGCGACUGGACUUUCUCAAACCCAGAGAUGCCAAGAACACUGUAGAGCACUUGCAACUAUUUGAAGAUGUGAAAGAGGGGCUACAUUAG